UAUACACAGCCAAGCAAAGAAUCAGCCCGAUCCUUGCGAGCAUGAGGCCCCAGGUUCUGCUCGCGGUGCUGGUCGUCGUCGCCGUCCUCGCAGCAGCUCUGCCCCUCGCUCACAGCCAAGGUGCGAUGCCCAGCAUGUGGCCGUGCUGCGACAAGUGCGGCUCGUGCACCAGGUCCAUCCCGCCGCAGUGCACGUGCAUGGACGUGUCGCCGACCAGGUGCAACAAGGCCUGCAAGACAUGCGUCAAGUCCACCGGUGGCUUCCGGUGCACUGACCGCAUCGUCAACUUCUGCGAGCGCCGCUGCACGCCGGCUGCAUUAUUAUCAGACGGCGGAUCAUGUCCUGUUGUUGUCGGACGGAUGAGCUUGUGCCUUCAAUUUUCUCUUACUCUUCUUUCAGAGUUCCCUCUGCAUCUUGGUCUGCUCAUCUUUUCUUAUUAUUCACCUAUGAAAUAAAUAGCAUAUUCUCUGCUCAAAAUCUUCUCCGUUAAAUCUUUUUUGCAGCGCGAUGGAAUGAACACAUAUGGAUGG